AUGUCGGAUCUGCCCAUUCCUGAUUGGCUGGAUGUCUCGCCAGCCUUGUUCCUGUCCACACCUGAAAACAUGACGGACACGUUAGAUCCUCGCUCUCUUCUUCCUGAUGAUCAGUUUGUCGACAAUACUCAUUUAUACAAUAGUUGCAGCAAUGGCACCCCGUGCAACAACUCUAUCGCCCCGUUCUCUGGUCCCCUGCUCUAUGAAGAUCCUUCUCUCCCAUUUGAAAUUGACAGGCAUCCCCCGGGCCAACCCCCGAGACAACCAACCAAUCAAGUACCGUCAUUCCCCGCGACCAGAAGCCUUGGUCUCCAGACCGUAUACCAGGGGUGUGGCUUUCUUGGUGAGAACGUGCAGUCGGAGUCGGCGCCUGGGACCGUUAGUCCCAUCGAUACUUAUCAUCCUAUGAAGCCCGCCAUUGACCGAUCCCUGGCCAGCGGUCACACAAAGGCCACGGUGACAUCCAAUGGACCUGCCCGUCCUGCCCAGAAGACGAGAAAAAAGGCAUGUAUUCAUUCGCUCUCAACUCUCCAAUGGCAAUCGAUUGAAGCUUGGACUGAUGUUUAA